AUGGAUCCUCAAAGUGGUGAUGGAAUCUUCACUCAACUUUUACAAGAUAGAGAUCCAAACCUUCUAAAUGAUUUCGUGACGGCUAUUCCGACUCCUCAAACUACCAUCGAAGGCACUAGUAAAAAAACUCAGCGAGCUCAAGUUGAAAACUUGCAUCAGAGUGGUCAUAGUGAGAAUGAUAAGAUUAAGCUGGCCAAAUCUAGCUACAAAGAGAAUGAAAACAAUGAAUUCACAUUUGAGCAUUGUUGGGAAAUAUUAAGAUAUCAACCAAAAUGGAUAUUGCAGAAAGAAGAAGUCAAGGGAAAAAAAAGAAAAGUCAUUUCUGCUUCUCCUCCUACCCCACACACUAUAAAUUUGGGAGAUGAAGACUUAUCUUCAAUGUCCUCUCAUUGGGAGAGACCACAAGGCAGGAAGGCUAAAAAAGAUCAAGAGAAGAAAAAAAAUCACAAAGAAGAAAAAUCGAAACAACUUGAAGCAGUGGUUGAGCGAAUAACUAAUGACAAGAAGCAACUCCACGAUGAAAAGAUGGCCAAAACAGAUAUGUUGGUAGAAAUUGAAAAGGAGAAGAUUAAGCUGAAAACAGAAAUUGAAAAAGAAAAGGUGAAGCAGAAAGACUGUUUGAUCACAAUGGCUGAGGAAGAAAAAAAUGAAAAGAUUUUGUUGAUGGAUAUUAGUGGGUUGGAUGAAGUGCAACGAGAGUACAUUUUGAAACGACGAUUACAAAUUCUUCAAAAUAUGAAGAAUUGA